AUGCUCAAAACUACUAUAACUUUGCUACUCACCUCGGUGAUGCUAUCGAACGCCAUCGAUUGUUCAGUCAAAGAGCUUCAGCCAUACAAUUUUGAAAGUAUCAAAGGAACCCACUCAUUUUCCACAAUCAAAUCCACCCCACCAACUAAAACCAAUAUCACAUGGACUUUUGGUAUAUGCGAGUCCAUAUCUGGUGAUAAGAAGAGCGAUUUACAAAAAUGUCCACAAAAUUCUGAUAUCUGUGGUAUAACGUCGAUCUUGCGCGAUAACGAAGAUGCGAUCGUAUCUGAAAUCAUUGGGUUCAACUCAAAUCUUCAAAAAAGCUACGAUCCAUUAGGUGAUAAGGGAGAAGGUGGAAUCAAAAUCACAUAUUCGGGAGUUAAUUGGGGCGAUUCUUUACUUAAUGCGGAGAUAAGCUUUGUCUGUGAUAAAUCAAUAAAGGAAAAUCACAAGUUUGAAUUGGAUAGUUGGAACGGAGAAGUUUUGAAAGUUUCGAUGAAAUCUAAAGCUGCUUGCAUUACUAGUGAUAAUGAUAAGAAAAAAAACAAUGAUAAAAACAAGAAUUCCGAUAAGAAAAAGGAUAAUGGUGAAUCAUGGGGUUGGUUCACUUGGAUAUUCAUCUUUUUAGUGUUGUUUUUGAGUAUCUAUAUUAUCGGUGGUGCUUGGUUUCAAUAUAAUAAAGGCAAUGCUAUUGACUUCCAAAGUGCACUUAAAGAAGUGCUUGAGAACUUUUUUACAUUGUUGCAAAACUUGCCUGGUUUCAUUAGAGAGAUUCUUGAGAAGUUUGUUGGUAGAGGCAACAAUAGAGGCGAGUAUAGUGCUGUAUAA